AUGCCACUGACUUCAGCCGUCUUCAAGGAUCGUUUUCGUUAUGUAUUACUGAUCUUGGGUUUUUUCUGCCUAACUUCAAUUUGCUCAAAUUACAUCAUCAUCAAUUUCACAUUCAUUUGCAUGGCUCAUGAUGACUCAGGACAGGUCGAGAAUGGAAAUCGGACUGUGACCAAUCGUUUCGACUACAGCCCAAAAGAGAAGAGUGCAAUCAUUUGGGCGGUAGCAUUUGGUACCAUACUUGGAGCAUUCCCAGUAAACUAUGCAUACAUCAAACAUGGCGCCAGAUGGCCAUUUUUCAUAUCCGGCAUGAUGUCCGUAUUUUCGACGGCAGUCAUUCCUAUGGCUGCUCAACUCGGCCUACCAAUCCUUAUUAUUUUCAGGUUUCUGCAGGGUCUUGCAUACGCAGCUGAUUUUGCGGCUAUCGGGAUCCUCUGCGUAAGGUGGGCUCCACUUUCUGAGACAAGCCUCUUCAUCAGCAUUCUUACUUGCUUUACACCGAUCUCCACCGUCGUUACAAAUCCGCUCUCUCUAUGUUCAACAAAUCUCGGCUGGCGCUCAGCUUUCUAUGUACACGCUGGAUUUGGUUUUUUGGUAUUUUUAUUGUGGAUCGUUUCCUACCAGGAUGACCCACAGUUACAUCCAUGCAUCAGUGAAAAAGAACUGGAGAUAAUUCAAAGGAACAAAACACAUGCACACAUCUCGCGAGAUAGCUUCGUGCCAUUCAAGGUAGGUCUUCAUCAUACUCCAACCUAUGUAAUCUUAAUUGUAUGGUUCAACGCAUUUGUGGAGAUGGUGACCGUAACACUGUUGCUUGUUUAUGCACCCACAUACUUUCACGUUGUACUUGGAUACGAUAUACCUACUACAGGAGUACUUGUCUCCUUUGCCGCGUGUAUUCAUUUACCGCUGAAAUUCGUUGGAGGUGUUCUCAGCGACCGAAUAAGAAGCGUUCCAGAACGCUCAAAAAUGAUCUUCUUUAACACAAUAGCUGUUGGAAUUGCUGGUGUCUUUUGUGUGAUGAUCGGCAUAAUUCCUGAAGACUGGUCGAAAUCUGGAGUCGCCUUGUUUACAUUGGUCAUCACCUGCAUGGGCAUGAAUCCUGGAGGCUUUUAUAAAUGUGGAACUUUAGCAUCACGGCAAUAUGCACAUUUUGUGUUGGCUACCAUACAGUUUAUGAAAUGUGUAGCAUUAUUCGUCGCUCCUGCUACGGUCGCUUUGCUGGUACAGGACGAGCGACGUCAUGACCAGUGGAGAUACGUGUACUGGAUAAAUGGUGUGCUGCUCAUCGCGGUAAAUACAUUCAUAUUAAAGAGCCGAAUUUGCAAUUUAAGGCACGCGUUACUUUACAAGAUUACAAAGGCUAUUACGGAAAAUGAGAAAUACGAAAAAGUGACAAUAUGA